AUGGCGAGCGAUGAGACUUCACCCGAACUUCAAAGGGGAUCGAUCUUUCGAAUGUAUGAAAUCCCCUUUCAUCCACGAGCUCUCGACCUCUUCCUCGUCUACAUCGUGAUCUCUUGUGCCUUGGCCAUCUUCUUUCUUCUCUAUUUCAACAGAGUCUUUUCGUCGGUCGUAUCCUGGGCCAUCCGAGGCUGGACGAAGCGCCGCUAUGGCAUCUACAUCGAGAUACAGGCGUUGCAGAUCUCUUUACUGGGAGGUCGCAUAUUCUUCACGGGCUUCCGCUAUCAUGGGAAUAACGAGACCAUACUCAUACAGAACGGACACAUCACAUGGUCAUAUUGGUUGCGGAGGGUGAGGCACGUGGAAUUGGCAGGCAAGAAUGCCGCAGACAAGGAGAGACCUGGAGAGAGCGUAGGAGGCAACGGAAAGGAAGCACGUUUGCCAUGCCGCAUCAAUGUCUCUGUCUCUGGCCUCGAAUGGUUCGUCUACAACCGAAGCGCCGCGUAUGAUACGGUCCUGGCGGGAAUGAUUAGGGAGGACCCCCCUUUGGACGCCCUUCCCGACCCGGAAAUUGAUAUGCACGCAAAGCUUCGGAAAAGGCGUUCCAAUGACGCUGAGAAACCCAACGGCGCCAUCUUUGGCGACGGCACAAACCCGACGCCUCACGGGGAGAAGCAUCGGCGCCCGUCUCUCUCCUCGGAAGGGGAGCACACCCUGAGCUCACAAGAUGGCCGACAUCAUACUAAUUCUGGACCUGAGGCUGAGACUAAUGAUAUUCCCUUGAUGCUGCGGCUUUUCCCCAUCCAUGUCGACUGUCAGAAAGCAGCGCUUGUGAUGGGUAAUGAGAAUACGAAAGGCGUCUUGAUUAUCAAAACAAAAGGUCUUCGAGGCGAGAUCAGUGCUUCUGCGACCGACACUCCUGAUCCUUACCGUCAGCUCUUCGAUCUCCAGUUCGAAGACCCCGUCGUUGAGAUGAGAGACAAUGAGGAUUUCAGGGAGGAGCAAGCUGAUCGUGCCGCUCGAGAGCAACGAAUAGCUCGCGAGACCGAGCCUCCUCCUCGCAAAUCGUAUUUUCGCAGACAGAGGCGGAAGAUCUACGGCCAGCUUCGGAACUUGGUUCCAUAUUGGAGGCGUUCCGUCGAGUCUUUGUCCUCAAGCACAAGUAGUGCGCCUAGAACCGCAGCCACCCAGGUCCCGGGUUCCAAUCAUUGGCAAGGGCUCUCCCGAUAUCUCGACGACUACGACCAGGACGAAAGAACUCGGUGGUCUUCUGUUGAGUAUGCAGCCCUCAAGACUAUCGUGGAAAGCCCCAGGGCUAUACUCUCCAUCUACUGGGAUGCAGCUGGCAAAAUUCCUGCACAGAACAGUGCCUCCGGCUCCUCCAAGCAUGCAAAGCCCUGCAACAUAAACGGCGCCCAGCCUCCCGCUUGGGGCAUUCGUUUAUCUGUACAGGGAGGUACGGUAAAUUAUGGCCCAUGGGCAGAUCGGCACCGGGCAGAUCUGCAGCGAGUCUUUUUUCCCGGGCUAUGUAAAGAUGCCUCACCGGCACAGGAACUUCUCCCUGGGUCAUACCGUGUACCUACCAAGUUUGAGCUGUACGUUGAGCUCAGUGAGGAGGUCACACUGCGAGUCCCUACGCGAGAGGUUUCAAAGAACUGGCGAUGGAAGGGUCAAGAAGCGGAGAACAAGAACCGCCGUGUUCGCGACAAGAGAAAAUCACGAAAUCUGUUCAAGAAGUCUGAUCCCGCGCCCAAUGCUGCUCAUCAACGACCUUACGGGUGGCUGGACAUCAAGGUGGCGGCCAAUGCGACUAUCUCAUACUCGAUGGAUAUGGUUGCUGGAGCGGAAGGCUAUUCGAACAGUCUGAACCUCGAUCUUCCAAGUACGGAGAUUUCGACCAGUGUCAAUCAGCAGCCGCUAUGGCGCUCUGGGGCCCAGAAUAUCUCCUGUGACCUCUCGACACCACUGAAAUGGAACGGUCUACGCGAGUGGCAUUUCGGAAUCGAUAGUAAAGAUCUCGAGCUGUUCAUUUUACGGGAUCACGUAUUCCUCUUGAUCGACCUGGUCGACGACUGGUCAAGCGGGCCGCCAACAGAAUACCUCGUUUUUACGCCCUUCAAAUAUCAUCUGGACCUCAAAUUGCAGAAUAUCAGACUUUUCCUCAAUGUCAACGACGCCAACAUCAUCAACGAUCCAACGAGCUCGGACGACAAUAUUUUCGUUGUUAUCUCGAGCCCUGUACUGGAGUCCCGGACCUGCAUCCCCAUCGAUCAGUUCCGGCCCCCGAAAAACAUGAUUCCUUUCGAUGUCCGCGCGGAGAAGGCCGAGAUAGAUCUUCAAGUGCCUCCUUGGAACACUCAACAUGCUUUCCUCACGUCGAAACACAUAGGCCAUCUAGAGAACCUUGUUGUGAGCGGCCAGUACCACUACAAUGCGACCACAUCGCCCGCAAAUACUGAUACACUGGUUUUGGACGUGACUGGGCAAUCGCCGGAAGCGAACCUCCAUGGCUUCGUCGUUCGAUACUUUUUGAAAAUCAAAGACAAUUACUUCGGCGAUGACGUCCAUUUCAGGACUCUAGAUGAGUACCAGGAAUUCUUGCGGCUCAAGCAAACCGAUCCCGAAGCAGAGGUGGCGAGUCGACCGCCUCACAAAAAGUCCAACGAUUUGGAUGUUAUUCUCAGCAUUAGAGCAGAUGAUCCCAAGAUACUGCUCCCGACGAAUUUGUACUCGGCCAAGGAUCAUGUCCAAGGGGAUGCUGCGUCGCUUUCCGUCGAUCUACGAUUUACGAACUACUACAUGGAUCUUGAGUUGAUGGUGAGCCCCUUGAGCUUGUCCUUCGGAAAUACUGAGAGGGGGAUGGAAACCCCAUUCAGUGCGACCUCAAGCACGCAGCUGUUCAUUGACGGACUGCGCGUUUACGGGCACCGUGUUUUCGGGCUCCCACCCACUGAGCCGACCUACUUGUGCAACUGGGACCUUGCUGUCGGCGCGGUGACUGGAGAGUGCACCGCCGAUUUUCUGAGUGCCUUGGCGAGAGCAGGCCGAGCUUUUGCUUUCACCUUUGAUGACGACGAGAAUGCACUCAUCUCGUACUCGUCCAUCGUGUUCUAUGACGUGACGUUCCUGCGUGUCUCGGUGGAUACGAUACAACUCUGGAUCCAUCUUGGAGAGGCUGCGUUUUUGUGCUCAACAGCCGCCAUCGAUAUCAACUACAACGAUUGGGCAAGGACUCAUUACUCUAAGCGAGCUAACGUCUCUAUCCCAGACCUACAACUUUCAUGUGUCAACUCAGAAUCGGCGAUUAGACACAAAGCUCGAGCACAACAUCCUGUCCAGACGGAUGCCUUCUUCAAGACCAGCAUCCAAAUGGCCAUGAUUGGUAGAAAACUGGAAUUUUCCCAAGAACGCAAAUUACAGCAGGAGUUGGUUAGACGGCAUGACCAGCGAACUCACAGGACGCCGUUCCUCAUUCUCCCUGAGCUACUCGACCCUCCGACCCCAAUUGCUAUUGACCCACCUGCCCAAGCAGCACCUCCUAUCCCUCAACCCAUCAAUUCAACACAUUUGGGAGAUGAAAGUGUAUCAGUGGCCUCCCAAAACGUCUCGGCAAAACGACCGAGGGCACUCCGCCACAAGACCUCGUUCAUCUCAAUUGCUAGCACGUCAAAAAGCAGCCUUAGACAGACCUAUGGCUCGUUUCAACAUCGGAGUACGGAGAACACCGAGGACCAGCACACUAUCCAUGGACGGAGAGGUGACGAAGAGAGAAGCUUUGAAUUGGGAACUGGGGUCUCAGGACGCGCACAGCUUUUCGCGAUGGACAACGCAACUACCAGGACAAUGGAGCGUCGUGAUCCAGUCCACAAUACCGUUGCUUUCUCGAGUCCCUAUUUCGCGCCCUAUUUUCCUCUGGAGAAUGUUGUACCGGAUACUACUGAAGCCACAAUGCAAAGCAUCGAAAGGGACAGUGGUGAAUCCGUGGAGAAGACGACCCCAGGGUUCAACCUCGAAGACAUUGAUCCAGACCGUCUGGAUGAGCACGCCACUUAUUCGAGUCUCAUUAUCGAAAUGAACCCCGGAAUUACAGGGUUCCUGAACCCGACCUCAGUGACGCAUAUCGCAAAUCUAAUCUCGGCGUUGAAACCGUACGAGCCUGACGAUGUACUCGAUGCCAUUCAGCUCGACGCGAUGACUGACAUCUUUGCUCUGCAAAAGGAGCAAAAGGCGAAGGGCACCGUGAAUGAUCUUACCCUGAGACUGCCUCAGGUGAACGUCCGCUUUUUGAACUCUUCGGACACAGAGUCCCCUGAUCCAUGCGAAGAAGAGCAAGACCAGUACGAUUUGGCAUUGUCUGGGAUCGCUUUGGCAACACGCACUGAGAAACAAUGGGCCGACGAACAUAGGCAUGCGUCCAGAAAGUCACGGCAAUCUUUUCACUUGAGGGUCGGUUCUGUCAUUGUGAAGGCAUCGGAACGCUUGUUGAACAUGGAUAGCCCUCAAGCAGCCUUUACAUGUCGACUUGGGGACAUCAUGGUUUCAAUGGGAUCGCGAGAUCUCACUUAUCUCGACGCCGAGAUUGGGUACGUUCAAGGACAUAUGGCGUCUGAGAAGAUCGAAUAUCUUGCGUCACUGAUCCAUCGGACAAAUGUGCUCGCUUCCAACCUGGAGAAAACCUUGUCCGGCACUCUGUCUGAAGGGGGGCGCGUAAACAAGUUCCUCACUUACACACUUGUCAAACAAGGGCAGGAGAUUGCGGAUCCUAGCUUUCUUGUACGGCCAUCGGCGGUGCUCAGAUCUGCAACCAAGCAUCUGCGGACGUACGACUCUUGGAAAUUAGCAAUGCGCAUUCGUCAACUCUGGGCGGUGGCGAGUGAGUCUAGGAAAGAGCAACUCGUCAUGCACUGCCGAGCGCGUGUGCAGAACUCACCGGAGGAUGCUCGACAACAGGUGACGGCUGCCUUCCAGCGCUGGAGAAACUGGGAUUUGGAAGAUCUUUCCAAAUCUCUGCUUCUGAACAAUGUUUUCGGUAAACUGAAAGGCAUGGCAAAUGUGGAAACCGAUAUGCCUCCUUUCAUGGCGGUGCUCCGUGUCAAGGAAUCUCAACUGGCCCUGGACCCUGGGCCAAAACAGAACGAGAUCACCAUCCUCGAUCUGACCGCUAGAUUUCAGAGUAACGCGAGCAAUGCCUCGGUCAACACCAGCCCCAGCAUUCCCACGGCCGUGCUGAAUGUGUAUUGCAGCGAUGCAACCGUCGGUUUGAACUGGGAACUCUGCGAACUUGUCGACGAUGUUUUGAAGCUUUACAAGAGGAUGCAGCCGGCGUCAAGCACCGCAACGACUGAAAUGCAGCCUGGCAAGGCUACUAAGCCAAAAGAGACCGCGCCUAAAGCACUUCAUAUCGUUCUAGCUCUCGGCCAGGGCUCAGUGAUACUUGACACCAUCAACUUGAAUGCAAGAUCCAUGAGCAGUGACCUCAAGAUCUCCUUGCUCUUGCAGAACGGCGCCAACAGCGAUCAGGUCUCCAACUUGAUCAUCAGUUGUGAUGCCGUUUCUUCUAGGAUUAAGAGCCAUUCACAAGUGCUGUCCAUGUUCCAGUUACGCGGCCCGAGUGUGUUCGUUUCCCACGAGUUGCAGACCUCGGAACGGAUACCCACACAUACUGUCAAAGCCACAGCAAGUAGCCGGGAACUCACGCUCGCUAUUAAGCAAGACCCUUUGAUCUUGAUGGAGGUCGCCGACUUGCUCAUCAAAGACGAGGUGGCACAGCUUUACGCACUCAAGCAUGCGCUGCCCUCAUCACCAGCGGUGGCAAAGCCAGUCAACAACGGCAUUAAGGCGUCGCAGGCCAUAUACAGAAUCAACGCUGCUCUUUUCCUAGACGAAUACACCAUCAGCAUACCACUCCUCCGCUCGCUCGAGUACACAAUUUCGGGUGUGGUGGCAAGAGCUUCCAUGGCUGCGAAUGUUGGCAAGGAGAUCAUCUUCGACUUUGAUGUCAAGGAGAACUCGCACGAAAUGGAAAUCAGUACAAAUAACUCGCGCCGAAGUAUCUCUCUUCUGCAGAUCCCACCGACCAACGGCAGAGUCACCAGUCGCAUGGGCCAGGCUGAACAUUCGAUCAACAUCUUCGCGUCGCUCGAGCUCGUACAGCUUGAUGCGUCCGCGGUCUACAGUCUACUUUCAGCUCUGAACCGUCCAGAGAUAUCCAACGCGAUCAACGAUGCUCAACACCAAAUGAGAGUCAUGGAGGAGCAUAUCUCAGAGAUAUUCGGCAGUGAUCGCCAAGUUCAGCCACAAGCAGCCCAGGCACCUACUAACCCUCUGGUCUACGGCAUACACCUGACCUUUGCAGGUCUCCGAAUCUUCGGCAACAGCCCUCUGAAGAGUGCGCGAGAGCCCCUGGCAUAUCUCUCCUUCCGCUUAGAUAGCGUGCACCUGGCUGUGUCGAACCGUGUCGAGAACCGUGGUCCAACCCUGGAGAAUCCCGAGAUCCAUGUGAACCUCGGUCAGAUCGCGCUCGAGAUCCAAAAGGGGACCAGUGAAGUGAUGAACACCUGCGGUUCACUAGCGUUUGGCGCUUUGAUCACAGCUACGUCGAGGUUGACAGACGAUGGCAAAGAGGGGCGACUUUUCAACGUGCGCAGUGACGAGUUCAAUGUUGCUCUUUCGCCCCAGACCAUUGCGACUGUGGUCGAUAUCUCGGGCUACAUGAGCGACAAAAUCAAGGACCUGGACACGUCGAGAGAGCUUGAAUACCUGCGAAAGCUAAGACAGUCCAAGCCACGCAUAGCGAUUAAUGAUCAAGAGGAGGUGGAGGAACCAGAUGUUAUUGACUCUUUCCUUUCGUCCAUAACAUAUUCGUUCGAGAUUCGAAGUAUCCGAACAAUCUGGUCCUGUGGCCUUGGUCCAGAUUCUGCCGUGGCUGGGCAGGAAGACCUGGUAGUAUCUCUACACAGGAUCGAGCUCGCCACUCGCACGCGCAAUUCUGCUCGGCUCACUAUCGAGAAUCUGCAGGUUGAGAUGGCACCACCUUCACAAGAUCGGAAGAUCAGGUCUGCAAACUCGGCUCUGCUUCCUGAGGUAAUCUUCAACAUCGGCUAUGUCGCCACUACGGAGACCCGGCGUCUAGCCUUCCAGGCCGUCGGCAAGUCCCUUGAUCUCCGCUUGACAUCUGGUUUCAUCAUUCCAGCUGCCAACCUCCGGGACUCGAUCAAACUGUCGAUCAAGAAUGCGCGAACAGCGUCGCAGCACUGGAAUCCAAGUGAUUUGUCCAAGCCACAAAAUCCAUCUGCAACGCCAGGGACAGCUAAACCAGAUGAAACGAGACAAAAAUCAAUCUGGGGAAGCCGCAGGACAGAAUCUCUGCUCAUUGACGCCGAUUUCGCUGGUGCUGUCGUACAUUUGACCGGAAGGCGAGCGACGGAAGAACACAGCAGUCGGGCAUCCGCCCCAGGCCAUGGCGGCAAAUACGGCCAAUUCAGUACAGAUGAGUCUGGGAACAGCACCGUGUUGAAGUCGCCUGGCUUGGCCUUCAAGAUGGAGUAUCGUGACUACGGCAAAGAAGACCCUUCUGUCUACGCCGAAGUCAUGCUGGAUGCUUCGACCAACAUUCUUUAUCCUUCAGUCGUUCCGCUGGUCAUGGACAUCACUUCCAGUAUCAAAGAAGUGGUCAGAGACGACGAGUCAGAUGAGCCAUUGGUGCAACCAAGUCCGAUUGAGAAGUCUUCGCAAGGAGAUAACAUUCUCACAACCGAUCCUAGUGCAGUGCUGGGACGCACAAAGCUGAAUCUAGGCUUGCGAAUCUGCAGACAGGAAUUCUCACUCAGCUGCCAGCCCAUCGCGCGGGUGGCAGCUACGGCCAGUUUUGACGAUGUCUAUUUCACAAUGAAUACUGUGCGCUCCGCUGACCAGGGCAACUUCUUCGCUAUUUCAGGGACCUUCAGCAGACUUCAGGCCUCGGUGCAACAUGUGUACUCGCGAGAAUCGACAGCGAACUUUGACGUGGACUCAAUCGUACUCUCCCUGAUGAACAGCAAACAUGUUAGCGGGACGAGUGGCGUGUCGGCUAUCGUCAAGGUCAGUCCUAUGAGGAUCUCAGUCAAUGCUAAGCAGGUCCAAGAUUUCCUCCUAUUCAGGGAGAUUUGGAUUCCGCGAGACGUUCGCCACAGCUCCACGGCGCCUGUUGCGAAGCUGGUGAGCGAGACUUCGCAAGGCCACCUCGUCCAGCGUUAUCAGCAGGUCGCCGCGACUGCAGCGUUUCCCUGGACAGCCACCAUCUCUAUUUCAGCGCUGGAAAUCAAUGUCGAUCUUGGACAAGCUAUUGGCAAGUCAGUCUUUGCCAUUACGGACUUUUGGGUAUCUUCCAAGAAGACAUCGGACUGGGAACAAAAUCUAUGCCUUGGCUUCGAGAGGAUUGGUAUUGACAGCACUGGUCGAAUGAGUGGAUUCGUUGCCCUUGAAGACUUCAAGCUCAGAACCGUUAUCCAGUGGCCUAAACGUGAGGAGGCGCUGAACGAAACCCCGCUCAUUCAGGCCUCGCUUGCCUUUAGCCAGCUCAGAGUCAAGAUUGCGUUUGACUAUCAAGCUUUCCUGGUGGCAGACAUCACUUCUAUGGAAUUCCUCAUGUACAACGUUCGCCGGGGCCGAGAAGGGCAAGGCGACCGACUUGUUGCGAGCUUUGAAGGUGACGCAGUUCAAGUCUUUGGCACGACCACGUCCGCGGCGCAAACUGUCGCAUUGUACCAGGCCUUCCAGAAGCUGGUACAAGAACGGAAAGCCAACUUUGCGUCGUCACUGAAAGAGAUUGAGAAGUUCAUGAGAAGAAGAACCUCGACUGCCGCCGAGACCAAGCGUGUCUUGAGCAUGGGCCAGGCAUCUGAUGACGAGGCCCUAGCCAAGUCGCCCAUUUCACUCGACACUGACGUGGUUGUGACGCUGAAGGCUCUGAACCUGGGCGUGUUUCCCAACACAUUCUUUGACCACCAGGUUUUCAAGAUGGAGGCGCUGAAUGCGCAAGCGAGGUUCUCGGCAAGCAUCGACCAGCGUCGUAUCCAUAGCACACUCGGGUUGACGCUGGGCCAGCUAAGGAUCGGCCUCGCGGGCGUGAGGCAUAUCGAGGCCCCGAAGAGUCUCAGCGAGUUGACCGUGGAGGAUGUGGUGCGUAGCGCGACGGGAUCACGAGGAGGGACGAUUCUCAAGGUGCCCAAGGUCGAGGCAGUCAUGCAGACCUGGCAGACACCAGACUCGAGGAAGAUUGACUACAUAUUCAAGUCGGCAUUUGAGGGCAAGGUGGAAGUGGGCUGGAACUAUUCCCGCAUCAGCUACAUCCGAGGGAUGUGGGCCAACCAUUACAAGAUGCUGGAGCAGACCUGGGGCAGACGGCUACCCCUGUCGGCCAUCAAGGUGACUGGUGUGCCCGAGCCAAACGAGGAGGGCAAAGACGGCGAGGCAGGGACGUCGCAGACCAAGAUCACUGCAGAGGUUCACGUUCCCUUGAGCAAGUAUGAGUACCGGGCCCUGGAACCGCCUGUGAUCGAAACGCCGCAGCUCAGGGACAUGGGCGAGGCAACGCCGCCUUUGGAGUGGAUCGGGCUUCACAGAGACCGCUUACCGAACCUGACUCACCAGAUCGUGAUCGUCUCACUGUUGGAGCUCGCCGGCGAAGUCGAGGACGCCUAUUCUAAGAUUUUGGGCUCUUCUUGA